AUUGUCCGUUCUCUGGUCGAGGCUGUCUAAAAAGCCGUCGUCGCGUUCUCGCUAUUGUCAUUCAAGAAGAUCUAAAAUCGACGCUAAUUUAAAUGCGGACGUUUACUGAUGUUUAUCAAUUUGUGCUACUCUCUUUAUUGUGCAUCCUUCAAUAUUACCGAUGCCUUUCCUCCGAUUUCGAAAACGCUGCAGAUCCGACGAUAGUGGGGAACCGGGAAUGGCAGGCACAUACUCUGCAUCAGAACCUGUUCCGAUUUCCGGAAAGCAUUUCCCAUCCGUACUUUCGCGGCAAACGAUUUAUCAAUCUGGGUCCCGGAACUUUAAGUAAACAGAAAACCUAUCAAGCUUGCAUCACACCGAGCAAUCAGAGCGGUCACUGCAAACAUUUCAGCGGAUGCGUCCUUGAAGAGUUCCGCUUGAACUAUGCCCGAUUUAUGGAUCAUAUGUGCAUAAUUGAACAGACGUACAUCGGUGUGUGUUGUCCGGAUAGAGUCGUGACAGCCCGAUCAGAUAAAACCUUCGACGAUGAUUUAGCCAGCGUGUUACCAGCGAUAGCAAAUCUCGACGACGACAAGGAAGAGUGGGACGAAAACGAGGACGAGAAUGGGCCAUCUGCCGACGACAAGGACGCAAUUUCGCGGAAAAACGCGACUUUGGACGAUAUUAAAGAACCGACGAGAAAAGCGCGAAGACCGAGAGGAUGCGGCACGACUACGAAAACUAAGAUUAGAAUCGCGGGUGGCCAACCAGCUGAUCCUAAAGAAUGGCCGUGGAUGGCGGCUCUUCUUCGACAAGGCGCGAUUCAAUUUUGUGGAGGUGUACUGAUUACUGAUAGGCAUGUUCUUACCGCGGCGCAUUGUGUUUACAGGUACAAACCGCGUGACAUCACGGUGAGACUCGGUGAGUACGAUUUCACCAAAUCCGAGGAGACACGUGCAUUGGAUUUUAUAGUUUCGGAGAUACGGAUACACAGGGAUUUCAAGUUAAACACUUACGAGAACGACAUCGCCAUUAUUAAGAUCAAUCGACCCACUGCGUUUAAUAGCUACAUCUGGCCCAUUUGCCUCCCGCCCGUUCAACAAUCCUUCGAGAAUAAGAACGCCAUCGUCACAGGGUGGGGCACGCAAUAUUACGGAGGACCUGCUAGUACAGUGUUGAUGGAGGUCGCAGUGCCGGUAUGGCCUCAAGAAAGAUGCGUUCGCAGCUUCACGCAACGGAUCCCGAAUACUACCUUGUGCGCCGGCGCUUAUGAGGGUGGUCGCGACGCCUGUCAAGGUGACUCGGGUGGUCCGUUGCUACAUCAACUCGGCAACGGCAGGUGGGUCAACAUCGGAAUAGUAUCCUGGGGAAUCCGUUGCGGUGAACCUGGAUUCCCGGGGAUAUACACCCGCGUGAGCUCUUACCUCGAUUGGAUAUUCGCGAACGCGGUAUUUUGAACGUCAUACGAUAUUCCCGAUCUCCCCCCGUUCCCCGCUGCUCUCUCGUGUGUACCAAAGAUUUUUCUACCUUUUUAUAUCUAAAGAUUUUUUUAUCGCGCUUUUAUGUAUGACGUGUCCAAUAAAAACUGUCUAUUAAAAUGAUUGUUUUCAUUCAAUUACAAUGCAGCGUAACGCAAAAACGUGUAUGACGUUAAUAAAUUACACGGAGGGAACAAGCCGAGCUAAUCGGACAGUUUUUUUUGAAAACAAUUAAACUUUAUUUUCGGAAUAUUCAUUGGUACAUCGUUAAAAGAGAGAUUGACACAGAUAGAAUUUCACUCUUCACGAUGCAUCGUACUCGCAAAUGCGAGUGUAAAUGCUCUCCCUUUCUCUCACCUCGUAUCGCCAUAUACCGUGUUUACAACAGGGCAACCGCGAAAAAUCAUCAACUACCUGCAUCGUUCGUCCAUACAUUAAACACAUGUAUGCAACUGCGACCGCAUGUGCAUAUAUCUGCUCUCUUAUAUGUGUACGUAUGUUUGUAUUUGUAUUUGUUUCGCGCAGAUAUAUGCACUCGCAUUCCCGCUAUUAUUUUUCAGACACAUCAUAGAUUCGUUUCGCGAGAGGCCCAGCCUCUGUUCGCUACGAGCGGCUCUAAACAUUGAUGUUAGCUACUGGUAACUUUUUGUUUUCUUGCAGUCAUAUACAUCUAUAUAUAUAUAUAUAAUCUAAUCUCAUAACAUAUACAUGUAUUUGUAUGUGUAUACAUAUAUAUCUCUUUUUCUCUCUUAUAUAUUUAUAUAUAACACUUUGCGUGUGUGUGUGUUUGUAUGUGUGUAUGUAAUAGGUUCGAAAUUCUCUGUAUCGUGUUACGCUCUGUAAGCACGCGCGUAUUACGAACGAUAAUAUUUGUUAUAAUGAGCAUGCAACGACAAACACACUGUGGCUGAUCUACAUGCCUCGUGAUAUUUGUUUGUGAUCCGCGAUCGUAGACAAAUGUCGAAAAAGAGCAAAAUCAUUUCGAUAGAAAAAAAAUAGAAAAAAUAUAUUACAAGAAGCUUACACACAAAUACUUCCAUAAUAAGUAUACAUAUAGAUAAGGUCGAGAAAAUUCACCGUUCCUUUAUACGAUCAAUCUCAAGUCAACUUCACCAACAUCGAUAAAUUACAACUUCGGGUCCAAUUAUUUCUCUGUCUUGUUCUAAAUAAUUAUAAUAAUAAUAUCGACAAAAAUAUUUAGAUUAAUCACGAUUAAUCAAAAUUGAUAAAAGUUCUUGAAAUCUUAAAAAAAAAAAAA